AUAUGCCUUCCCGGCACACCCCAAGCACAAACUGCACAAACUACACGAGCGUUUCGCCAUGAACAGAUCAACCACUUCGUCCAUCACUCGGUCUACCGAUUUUCUUUCUGUUCCGAGCACAAAGCGUCAGCGCACCAGCAAGGACGGAAGAUGGCGCUCGAGAUCACCAAGCGAGUCAUCGAAUGGAGAUAUGUCCCGAUCAACCACCCCGAUGUUCGACCAGAGCCCAUCGCCUAGUGCUGGUAGCUCAACAUCCAUGGAGUUUGAGUGGAGCCAAAGCAUCGGCCAGCAAGCACAGAUCGCACAAGGGGAAGAUUGUCACACUGCAGACGAAGUCGCAGACGACGAAGAAUGUUUUGGUACAAUUUGCUGUCAUUGCAGCUCUACCAGAGACGUUUUAGAAACCCUCCAAGCUCGAUGUUCCAGUUCAUCUGUAUUUCACGUAUCUUUAACGAUCGUCGCACCUGCAUCGAAAAGUGUGGAGCUGUCUUUGCAGACUGGAGACGGCACAAUCCUCGGCCAUAUUGAGCAGAAUAUUCGAACUACACUUCAUUCUUUGCUCGUUCGAGAUCUGGUUAGGAUCCAAGGCGUUGCUCUUCUCCCGUUCGGUUACAACCAAGUUCGCUCCAAAUCGAAUCAGAAGGUGACAACCGAAGUCUAUCUCAACGUUUUCGGCCCUCCAGAGGUUGCAGCUCCAGUAGGGAGGUUUCUGUCGGACAAUUCGGUGUUUCUACAACAUCCAAUAUUCCCGGAACCCGGUUUCGCGUACAAAAACCCUCAUUUGAUCUCAAAAUGUUAUUCCGGAAUUAUCACCGAGUGCACAGCCACUGGCGGAGUCCCGGUAAUACCAAACAAGCCAGUACUGAAUAAUUGUACAGCAGUCCUUGAGGCCACCGAGUUGCUGGACUUCUUCAACAACAUCGGCAAAGCAGCGAUAAUGGAUGAAGUACAUGGUGACCAUAAUCUCAAAACCCCACUUAUGAGUCACCAAAAGCAGGCUUUAUAUUUUCUCCUACGAAGGGAACGGGGACUUUCUGUCUUCGACACGUCUUCAGCCGCAAUAGGAAAGAUUACAUGUGAUAUCAAGGGAGGGAUACUUGCGGAUCAUAUGGGACUCGGAAAAACAUUAUCGAUUCUAUCUUUGAUUACCGGCACGUUGGAAGAAGCCCGCCGAGUGAGAGCCCAAGAGCCCAUCGGCAGAAUUUGUGCGAGUGGAACUACCCUCAUCGUGACUCCCGUUUCAACGCUGGGAAACUGGGAGCAACAGAUAUCGACGCAUGUCCUACCAGGAAGGUUGAGCGUACUCGUCUACCAUGGCAAGAACCGGGCCGGAAACUCGAAUGCCGCAACCCUGUCUCGAUACGACAUUAUACUUACAACUCCAUCCGUCGUCUCCCAUGAAUGGAGCUCUGCUCAUCAUCCACUUCACGAGCUGGAAUUUUACCGUCUCGUGAUCGAUGAGGCGCACGAUAUUCGAACCGAGAAGACACAGCGCUCGCGAGCUAUAUGCGCUCUCAAUGCCGGACGUCGCUGGGCCGUCACAGGAACACCAAUCCAAAACAAUCUUAUGGACAUCGCCACGCUUUUCAAGUUCUUGCGGUACAAGCCUCUCCAUACUGCCGUCGGCUUCAAAAAAUACGUCCUUACCUCGCAGCCCGGGACAAAAACCGGCAUUGAUAAUCUUCGGUCUGCAUUGAAAGCAGUUUGCUUACGUAGAGCAAAGAGCAUCAUCGAUUUACCGGAAAGGAAGGAGCAGAUAAGGUUCCUGAGUUUCAACACUGAGGAGAAGGCCUUGUACGAAUUCCAUAAACGGCUUUUAUCCCGAGAAUAUAACGCUAUGUCCUCAUCCGGUCCUGCGGAGGCUCUCAAAUGUUUAUUAAAGCUGCGCAUGAUUUGUGACCACGGACAUGACCUGAUAUCUACGGGAUCGUCGACGGCAUCUUCCGCUCUUGAACCAUCGAUAACCUGCUGCGUUUGUAAUCAGCAGAUUACAAGUCACAUGCAGUUUGAAGGGCUGGGCUGUCCCCAUCGAUCCAUGUGUGCUGGAUGCAUAGAAAUAGUGCCACUAACCGACAGCGACAUGAGAGACUGUGAUCAGUGCUCCGUCGACGAGGUUACGACACCGGAAGCGACCCCAAGCUUACUACUAUCGGACUAUCCAGUCUGUCCGCGCCCUUCCACCAAGGUCAAAGCGUUGCUACAGAUGAUUCUUAGCGAGAAUACAGACGACGGUAACGUGAAAUCAAAGCAUGUUGUUUUUUCCGAAUGGACACGAAUGCUCGACCUCGUUGGGUUCGCUUUGCACAAUUCGGGGAUCAAAUUUUGCCGUCUAGAUGGAUCGAUGCAAAGAUCCCGACGCGACGCAGCCCUCUGUGAAUAUCGCGAGAAUCCGCAGUGUACUGUGAUAUUGAUAUCCCUCAUGGCCGGCGGAGUAGGAAUUGACCUUACCUGUGCGUCUAGAGUACACCUCAUGGAGCCGCACUGGAAUCCGAUGGUCGAGCUUCAAGCGCUUGAGCGAGUCCACAGGUUCGGUCAACAACGUGACGUAUUGAUAACUCGAUACAUCAUGCAAGAUUCGUUCGAAAACGACAUCCUGAGGCGCCAGAAACUGAAGUUGGAUAUGGCGAAACAGUCACUGGACGCGGGAAAGGCUCACAUCAUGAAGUGUGAUAUCAGGCAGGAGAUCAUCGCAAGCCUGGGCUCGAUGUUGUCAACGGGCUCAUUAUCGUCAGACCCUGGAGGAAAUGCCCACGAACAAGCGUUCUAGUUAUCACUCGGUCGUCUGCAACGCUCCAGUCAUGCGCAGAAAACUCGCUGGCUGUAUGGCAAUAUGGAAAUGUAAUCAUUCUCUACGAAGUCAAGGGGAAUCAUACAAAUGGAUUGAGAAAAGCAACUGUUUGAGUGUCGGCAGAGAAAAAAAAGUUGCGGAAAGUCAUAACUGCCG